AUGGCCGCAAGUAUUGAUAAUUCUACCAACCAUGAGAGAAAUUUCACGGCCGAUUCACACUGCGGAUGCCAGAUAAGUAACUUCUGCAGGUUCAUCAGACUGUGCACACCAAGGGUUCGACGUAUUGAUUCAUCCAAUUCCAUAUUCAAAGAUUCUUCUAAAGUCAUUCCUCAAGAAUGUAGUGAAGAUGAUAUAUGGCAAAAAAUGCAAGAAGAUGCUAAAUUUUACACAAAGCAAGAGCCCAUCCUGUCAAAGUACUACUGUUCAUCUAUACUAUCUCACAAGUCACUCGAGACUGCAUUAGCAAAUCAAUUAGCAAUCAAAUUGUGCAAAGUGAAUCUAUCAAGAGAAGCCCUUUAUGACGUUUUCUUGAGAGCACUAGUAGAAGAUGGCAAUAUCCAGCGUGCUAUCGUAGACGACCUCAAAGCAGUGAAAGAGCGCGACCCUGCCUGCAUAAGUUAUGUUCAUUGCUUCUUGAAUUUCAAGGGAUUCUUAGCAUUGCAAGCUCACAGAAUAGCACAUAAACUUUGGAUAAAUGAUAGAACUGUAUUAGCAAUCCUUAUUCAGAACCAAGUUUCAGAAGUUUUUGCAGUGGAUAUUCAUCCAGGAGCAAAAAUUGGACAUGGCAUAGUAUUUGAUCACGCCACUGGAAUUGUGAUUGGAGAAACAGCUGUUAUUGGAAAUAGAGUUACAAUCUUACAUGAUGUGACAUUAGGAGGUACAGGAAAGAUUCAAGGGGACAGGCACCCCAAGAUUGGAGAUGGGGUUCUCAUAGGUGCAGGGGCAAAAAUAUUGGGCAACGUCAAAAUUGGAGAGAAUGCGAAAAUUGGAGCAGGAUCUCUUAUUUUAAAGGAAAUUCCAGCAGGUGCAACAGCAGUUGGAAAUCCUGCCAGAGUAAUAGGAUUGAGAUAA